AAAAUAUAAAUAUAUUUGUGAUCAAUCAACUUUCCUUUUUAAUUAAAGGAAAUAAUAAACGAGAGCAUUAACUCUCUCUGCAGUUUAAGUCGAUCGUCGAUGAGCAUCGCGCGCUUUUAGUUUACAUUCAAAUUUAUUUUUUAAAAAUGUUUAAAAUAUUUUUAUCAAUUGCCACUGUGUUAAUAAUAAUAAUCAUCACACUCUAUUAUUAUUUAAUAAAAAAUUAUAAUUAUUGGAAGAAACGAAAAGUGACCGGACCUAGUCCGCAAUUAAUUUUCGGAAAUACUAAAAAAUCUUCAUUACUCGAGACGACUAUUUCGGAGUGUAUUAAAAAUAUAUAUGACAAUUAUCCUGAUGAGCCUUAUGUCGGAAUUUACGAACUACGGACUCCGGUUUUAUUGCUCCGAAAUCCGGAAAUAAUAAAAUUGGUCCUCAUUAAAGAUUUUUCACAUUUCCAAGGACGUGGGAUAGUAAUGAAUGAGAACUCAGAUCCCCUAUCAGCAAAUUUGAUAAAUUUAACAGGAACAAAAUGGCGGACACUGAGGACAAAACUAACGCCAGCUUUUACUUCUGGUAAAAUAAAAAACAUGUUUGAAAUGUUCGUUGACUCUUCCAACAAAUUCCGGAAAUUCAUCGUAAAGUUUGCUGACGCGGAAGAAACGGUCGAGUUCCGCGACCUGGCGGCGAAAUUUACAACUGACAUUAUAAGCACAUGUUGUUUCGGAUUGGAAACGAAUACUAUUCAAGACAGUGAUUCAGAAUUUCGAAGUAUGUGUCGUAAAGUACUGGAUCCUUCAUUGAUUAUCGGUUUGAAACGAAUGGUACGAUGGUACUUACCCGGAUUAUUCAAAUAUCUGCAGAUGAGUUUGACGCCAACUGAGGUUAGCGAUUAUUUCAUGAACUUGGUCAAGAACAUGAUUGACUAUCGUAUCACCAACAAUUAUCAUCGUAAUGACAUUCUACAAUUACUGAUGAAAUUAAAAGAUCAUAAACCAAGUAUCGACGACAACAAUAAUCACGAUUUCGAGGAUAAAAAUUCCGAUAUCAUUAUCGAUGAUCACACGAUAGCAGCACAGGCCUACAUAUUUUUAUUAGCUGGUUUCGAAACCUCUUCAACUACCAUGAGCUUCACGAUGUUCGAGCUCGCGGUAAAUCAAGAGAUUCAACAGAAAGUUUACGAAGAAAUAAUCGAAAAAAUAAAUAAACAUGGAAAACUAUGUUGGGACGCUAUUGCGGAAAUGGAAUAUCUCGACUGUGUAAUCCGAGAAACAUUACGAAAACAUCCGCCAGUUGGUCUAGUACCACGAGUUUGUAACGAAGAUUAUGUUCUGCCGACUAAAAAUUUGGUUAUUGAAAAAGGAGUAAAAGUUUUGAUUCCCAUUCAUGCGAUUCAUCACGACCGGAAAUAUUACAAAAAUCCCGAAAAAUUCGAUCCCGAUCGUUUUUAUACAGACAAAAAUAAUAACAAACAUGGCGACUGCGUUUUCUUACCAUUCGGUGCUGGACCACGAAUUUGUAUCGGUUACAGAUUCGCGCAUGCGCAGACGAAAGCCGGUAUCGUAGCGCUUCUGUUAGACUACAAAGUUUCAUUGGGUAAAAAUAUGGCGCCCACUUUGGACUACGACCCAAUAGCGAACAUUCUGACAAACAAAUUGGGAAUUUGGUUGAAAAUAAGUUGGAGAAAUAAAUAAAUGU